CCAGCCUCCGCCGCGGCGCACCCGGGCCCGGACCCCGCAGCCGCGCGCAACCCUUGGCGCGAUGGACCCGGCGCUGGCCGCGCAGAUGAGCGAGGAGGUGGCGGAGAAGGUGCUCAAGUACCGACGGGACGAGUCAGGAUGGAAGAUUUGCCGGGAAGGCAAUGGAGUUUCAGUUUCCUGGAGGCCAUCUAUGGAGUUUCCAGGGAACCUGUACCGGGGAGAAGGCAUCGUAAACGCGACACCAGAGAAGGUGUGGGGCUGCAUCAAGCCACUUGCUGGGACCCUUCGAGACAAGUGGGAUGAGAACGUGAGCAGCUUUGAAAUUAUCGAAAGCCUCACUGAUAUGCUCUGCGUGAGCAGAACCGCCAGCCCCUCGGCUGCCAUGAAGCUCAUUUCCCCCAGAGACUUCGUGGACUUGGUGCUCGUCAGGAAGUACGAGGAUGGGACCCUCAGUUCCAAUGCUAUCAACGUGGAGCACCCAUCGUGUCCCCCGAAGCCAGGUUAUGUGAGGGGCUUUAACCACCCUUGUGGCUGCUUCUGCGAGCCUCUGCCAGGGGAGCCCGACAAGACCAACCUGGUCACGUUCUUCCAGACCGACCUCAGCGGCUACCUCCCGCGGAGCGUGGUGGACUCCUUCUUCCCCCGCAGCAUGGCGGGGUUCUACGCCAACCUGGAGAAAGCCGUGAGGACCUUGUACGACUGACGUUCUCACCUGCUGGCCGAGGGCUCCCGUGACUCACGCAGAGCUCCCGAUGGCGGGGUACCGGAGAGCCCCGAGGGCCGGUUUUCAGCCUUUGGGACCCACUUGGGGACAGCUCGUCUCCGAGAAGCUGGCUGGAGUGGCCCCCGCCGCCCCGCUCCCCUGCCCCCUCGGGGCCGGCUUGGGGGAGUCGCUCCUGUGCCCUCUCUGCUGGUUGUCCCCACACCUGCAGCCAGUGGACCCCAGGGCAUGCGCUCCGGUCUGAAGCCUGCGUGUGCCAGUCUCCGCCACAGACCGCCUGCCCCCCACCCCGCCCCGUCUGCCAGAAAGAACCCCCAUCGACACCGAGAGCCAGGCUCUGCUGCCUCGUGAGUAUCCGGUGCCCUCCAGCCCGAUAACACUGCGCCAGAUUUCCCCCCUUAAAAAGAUAACGGCUUGGAAAAUAUUGUUUUAACAAAUGAGAUAAGCGCCGAGGAAAAAUACAUUCAGUGUUUCUUUCUGAA